AUGAUGUUGAGGACAAAAUCGCCCGUUCUCGAGAACAUCGUCCGAAGCUUGCUAAAUGCCAUCGAUGUCGUGCCUACCAUGCAGUCUGCCCAAGAGAACAACAUGAAGAUCAUUGUGGAGGGUGCCAACGCCUCGAUGCUAGAUCUCGACGUUGGAUCAUAUUCAUAUGUGACAACACUCAACCUAACCAAGCUGGACGUACUGGAUAUAUUCGAGACGGUCAAGAUGACUAUGGCGUACAAGGACCCUGGAUCUGGCGAGGAGUUAGCUUCGUACCCUGCGGAUCUUGGUAUUCUCGGUCGAGAUCAUGUUGUUUAG